GGGAAGAUGUUAGAGAUGCUUCGAAGCAUUACAUUAACCAAUCAGAAUAAAGAAAUCUUUGCUCUUUUUGUCCUGAUUGGUCAAUAAAAUGCUUCGAAGCAUUUCUAGCAUCUUCCCGAUCGCAGCCCUUGUCAUGACAAAUACUGGCAGUCAUUUUACAUUCUUUUCUCUUGGGACUUGAGACUUGAGACUUGAUGCGCACAAUUAAGUUAGAGACAUAUAACCACGAAUGAGGUGAAAAUAAGCGACGACGAAAAUGAUGAGCGACAUGGGAGAAACAGGAGCAGCAGAAGUUCAAUUGAAAACCGAGAAGGAAAUGAGCGAAGAAACAAUAUAUUUCUCAAAAACAGCAGAAAAGUUGGCCGAAGGUCUCUUGAAUAUUUGUAAGCCUCCAUUAGAACAAGUUAGGAAAGAACUUUUUGAACUCACAAAGAAACAAGAAGCUUUGCUUGCUCAAAUGCAACUGGAGAACAAAAAGAUACAUGAGACAUUUGAAGAUAUAAAUUUAAAUGAUAUGUUUACAGCUGUUAAAGUUUACCAAGGAAAAUUAGCAUUGAUAAGAAAGGAAAUGAUUAAUAUUCACGAAAGGACUUACAAAUUAAAGAAACGCGCGUUACGCUUACAACAGAUAAAGCAAAAGGAAGCGUUAAAUAAGGAACAACAACGCGAACAAGAAUUGCGCAGAGAACAGGAACUGAUUGGUAGAUCUACAAAUAAUUAACAGUAUGUACUAAGAGUGUAUAUAUUAAGAUGAUAAAUUAAUAUUUUAUGUAAAACGUUUGUAUAAGAGAAAUACACACACACACACACACACACACAUGACAUAGAGAGAAAGAGAGAGAGAUAUAUAUCAAAGUGCUAUGUACUAAUUGAUAAUCAGUAGCUAUUGUUUAUAAUAAAACUAUCAUAUGUGUAUAUAAAAACUAUCAGAGUUUUUGCUCACAGUAAAAGAUAUUUGACUUUUGCAUUCAUAAUGAGUCAAUUAUCUCAUUGUCAGGAAAUAUAAUCUUUUUUGGAAAGAAAAAUAUAUUUUUAGUUUUUCUCUCUCUAUCUUUCAAGUUUAUUCCUUUUAAAUUUAUUCGUACGUCUGUGUGCGUGCGUGCGUGCGUGUGCGCUUUCAUAUUUUAAUUUUAAUCGAUAUUUAUUUGUUACAAAUUUAUUGUACAUAUGAUUAUAAUAAAAUUAAUAUUUCAUAAUA